GAGGCUGGGGCUGUUCGUCUGGAUCCCUCGUAGCACGUGGCGCGCGGAUUUGGCGUGGGGGCUUCUGAGCGGCUUGCGAGGCGGAAACCCACGGAGAGGCGGUUGGGUCGGCCGCGGGUAUAACCGUCUCUGUGCGGUUCCUGUCCCAGCGCCGGGUGGGCGGCCUCCGCGGGCGCCGAGGCUCUGCGCGCGUCCGUCAUGGACUACCGGCGGCUGCUGAUGAGUCGGGUGGUCCCUGGGCAGUUCGACGACGCGGACUCUUCGGACAGUGAAAACCUUGACUUGAAGACAAUCAAAGAAGAAGAUGACUUUGUAUUUGAAGACCUUCAAAGUAAUGUGAAUGAGAAGAUGGGUGAAGGUGAGAUAGAAGAUGAGGAGGAGGAAGAGGAUUAUGAUGAUGACGAUGAUUGGGACUGGGAUGAUGGUGUUGGAAAACUUACCAAAGGUUAUACCUUGAAUGGAGGUAGUAACCCACAGGCAAAUCGACAGACUUCCAACUGCAGUUCGGCCAAAAUGUCUACUCCAGCAGACAAGGUCUUACGGAAAUUUGAGAAUAAAAUUAAUCUAGAUAAGCUAAAUGUUACUGAUUCUGUCAUAAAUAAAGUCACUGAAAAGUCUAGACAAAAGGAAGCAGAUAUGUAUCGCAUCAAAGAUAAGGCGGACAGAGCAACUGUGGAACAGGUGUUGGAUCCCAGAACACGAAUGAUUUUAUUCAAGAUGUUGACUAGAGGAAUUAUAUCAGAGAUAAAUGGCUGCAUUAGCACAGGAAAAGAAGCUAACGUAUACCAUGCUAGUACAACAAAUGGAGAGAGCAGAGCGAUCAAAAUUUAUAAAACUUCUAUUUUGGUGUUCAAAGAUCGGGAUAAGUAUGUAAGUGGGGAAUUCAGAUUUCGUCAUGGCUAUUGUAAAGGAAACCCCAGAAAAAUGGUGAAAACUUGGGCAGAGAAAGAAAUGAGAAACUUAAUCAGGCUAAACACAGCCAAGAUCCCAUGCCCAGAACCUAUCGUGCUGAGAAGUCAUGUUCUUGUCAUGGGUUUCAUUGGUAAGGAUGACAUGCCAGCGCCACUCUUGAAAAACAUCCAGUUAUCAGAAUCCAAGGCUCGGGAGUUGUAUCUGCAGGUCAUUCAGUACAUGAGAAGGAUGUAUCAGGAUGCCAGGCUUGUCCAUGCAGAUCUCAGUGAAUUUAACAUGCUGUACCACAGUGGAGGUGUGCACAUCAUUGACGUUUCUCAGUCCGUGGAACAUGACCACCCACACGCCUUGGAGUUCUUGAGAAAAGAUUGUGCCAAUGUCAACGAUUUCUUUUUGAAGCACGGUGUUGCUGUGAUGACUGUGCGGGAGCUCUUUGAAUUUGUCACAGAUCCCUCAAUUACACGUGAGAACAUGGAUGCUUAUCUCUCAAAGGCCAUGGAAAUAGCAUCUCAAAGGACCAAAGAAGAAAGGUCCAGCCAAGAUCAUGUGGAUGAAGAGGUGUUUAAGCGAGCAUAUAUUCCUAGAACCUUGAAUGAAGUAAAAAAUUAUGAGAGGGAUAUGGAUAUAAUGAUGAAAUUGAAGGAAGAGGACAUGGCCAUGAAUGCCCAACAAGACAAUAUUCUAUACCAAACUGUAACAGGAUUGAAGAAAGAUUUGUCAGGAGUUCAGAAGGUUCCUGAACUUCUAGAAAAUCAAGUUAAGGAAAAGACUUGUUCUGAUUCAGAAGAUGCUGUAAGCUCUGAGUGUGCUGACACAGACUCUGAGGAGCAGGAAGACCAUGCCUGCUCCAAGAAACCCACCACUGACCUUCAAGUUGAUAAAAAGGAAAGAAAAAAGAUGGUCAAGGAAGCCCAGAGAGAGAAAAGAAAAAACAAAAUUCCUAAACAUGUGAAAAAAAGAAAAGAGAAGACAGCAAAGACGAAAAAGGGCAAAUAGAAUCAGAACUAUGUUAUGUACAGUAAUUUUGCACCAGUUACUUUUCAUGCCUGCAUGCUAAGCUGCAGCUGUAAGAUGAGUUAUAGAUUUUUUUUUUUUUUUUUUUGUGAGGAGAUCAGCCCUGUGCUAACAUCUGCCAAUCCUCCUAUUUUUGUUUUUUUGCUGAGGAAGACUGGCCCUGGGCUAACAUCUGUGCCCAUCUUCCUCCACUUUAUAUGGGAUGCCGCCACAGCAUGGCUUGCCAAGCUGUGCGUCGGUGUGCGCCCGGGAUCCAAACCGGCGAACCCCGGGCCGCUGCAGCGGAGCGUGCGCACUUAAUCGUUUGCGCCACCGGGCCGGCCCCUAGGGUUAUAGAUUUUAACCGAAUGGUUGUUACAGCAGCGUCUGUGAAGGCUGAUUCGAAUGUCUUUGUGUAAUUAUGUAAAAAGCUCUAAGCUCUGUUGUCUAGAUCCAGUCACUGGCUCUGUCUAGUGUUGACAGAGGAUUUAUUUAAGCUACUAUUUUAGUGAAGAACUUUGUACAGUUUUAUAGAUUUUUCUGUUACAAUAUGUUUUUUGAAGCAUCAUAAAUAUUUCGAGGUAAUGAACAUCCAUAAGCUUUAUGUAAGUGUAAAGGUACUUUGGACACAUUGUUUUUGCUUUGUUUGUACAUCCAAAGACCCAUCUGAAAUCAUUUGAUAGUAAGGCCAUGGUUUCUGUAGAAGGGCGUUUCACUUCUAAGAGAAUUCAGUUGGUUGUUGAUGUAAUCACUGCAGCUCUGUUCUGUCUGCAUUGGUGAUCAUUUGUAAUGCGCUUACUCUUCAUCUUUAAUAUUCUUUUUUGAGCUAGGACCUCCCAGUUCAUAAACUAUUUCACAUUCAACUAUUUAGCCUGUUCAUUCAUUCAUCAAAUAUUUGAGUAUUUCAGCUGCUGGGGACACAGCAGUAAACAAAACAGACAAAAAUUUCUAGCUUCAGGUAGUUUACUUUUUUUUUUUAUAGGAAGAUUAGCUCUGAGCUAACAUUGUCAAUCCUCCUCUUUUUGCUGAGGAAGAUUGGCCCUGAGCUAACACCUGUGCCCAUCUUCCUCUGCUUUAUAUGUAGGACGCUGCCACAGCAUGGCUUGACAAGCGGUGCGUAUGUCUGUGCCCGGGAUCCGAACCUGCGAACCCCAGGCUACCAAAGUGGAGCAUGCAAACUUAACCAAUACACCACUGGGCUGGCCCCCAGGUAGUUUACAUUUUAAAGGAAGACAAGAUAUUAAGAUAAGUAAAAAACAAUAUAUCAGCAGGUGAUAAAUUCUAUGGAGUGAAAUAAGGCAGAGAAGAAAGAAUGCCUGGGGAGGUGGCAGUUUAAAAAUAGGCCACACUGAGAGGCUAUAUUUGAGCAAAUACUUGAAGAAUGUGAGUCAUGUGCAUUUCAGAAGAGAAGAGCAUUCCAGGUACUGCAAACAGCAAGUGCAAAGGCCCUGGGGGCGGAAAUGUACCUGAAAUGUUCUAGAAACAAGAUGCUGGAGCAUCCUAACCAAGGAAGAAAGUAGUAGAUGAGAUCAGAUGGUGUUAGGCUUUUGGAGGGUUUUGAGCCGAGGAGUGGUAUGAUCUGACUUCUGUUUUGAAAGUUGCAUGAUCACCCUGGCCUCUGGAGAACUGACUAGGAAGCAAGGGUGAGAGACCAGUUGGGUAUUUCAUGUGGUAACCCACAUGAGAGAUGAUGAUGGCUUGGUUUAGGAUGGUAGCGGCAGACAUGGAGACAAGUGGUCGUCUUCUAGAGACAAUACAAAGGUAGAGUGAACCGGAUGUGCUAAGGGAAUACAUGAGGAGUUGAGAGAAAGGUUUACGGAUGCCUUCAGGAUUUAUGACCUAAGCGACUGCAAGUGACUGUUGGAGUUGCCACUUACUGCAUUGGGAAGGAAGGCGGGUGGAGCAUGUUGACGAGUAGUGGGGUGAGAUAAAAGCUUAUAUUGCAAUACAGCACACGUUGAAAUUACCAAUUUAGUUUUUUAUUUUUAUUGUUUUUACCAUGUACUUUACCUUAAAAAUGCCUAAUUUAGCCCUUUGCCUCAGAAACAGUUUGUAUAAAUAAACGGUUUCCCUUAAACUGAAGCUUGCA